GCAAUGAAAAGUUGAAAAGAGAGGAUUAGGGGGGCAGGACCAAAACAUCUUCUGCUGCCUGUGUAAGACUUCAGUCACUGUUCUGUAGAUCAGGGUAGUCAAUAUCCAGCCAUGGAUCUGAAUGCAAUUCUGAUGCAGAUUGAAAACGGGAGCGAUGAGGAAAUUGAAAGGCGUUUGCAGGAAUACAACGCAGAGAACUGUAAGACUUUUGCCUUUGACUGCAAACAAGAGGACGCUCGAAUAAAGCUGUGUCAGGGCAUACUCGCAGUGCUCGCUCAGCCUGUGCGGCCCCAGUGUCAGAGCACCUGUCUGGAGACCAUGCGCAUCCUGUCUCGUGAUAAGCGUGUCCUUGGGCCUGUAGCCACCCACGACGGCAUUGUUACUCUUGCCCGGCUGGCGUGCGUCCCACUGCCUGAUGUCGACGUGGAACCUCUGAAGAAAACCGAGUCAGCGGCUGAGGAGCGAGUAGUGGUGGAAGCACUCAAGUGCCUGUGUAACGUGGUGUUUAACAGCGUGGCAGCGCAGCAGGUGGGUGCAGACGUGCAGCUGGCGCAGGGUUUGUGUGCCCGUCUGCGCUUGGCCAGCUCCGCCCACCAUGACAUGGAGCUCUUCUCUCUCCGUUUGCUCUUCCUGCUUUCUGCCCUGAGGCCCGACGUCCGGAGAGGGCUGCGCCAGGAGUCAGACGCUGUGGAGCUGCUCACUGGUGUACUCGAGCGCGCCUUGGAUGUGCGCUGGGCGGGGCCGUACGAAGUCACGUGUCCUGACUCACAGGCCCCACCCAUUUCUCUAGAGAGGAACGAGCGGGCAAUGGAGUCACUCAAAGCUCUGUUCAACAUCACCAUGGCUGACUCAAGUGAUCAGCAUAAUGAUCACCAACUGAGGCGUAUAGCAGCCAUAAUGAGGCAUAUUCUAAUGCUGAGGGUUCAGACAGAGGAGAAAACAGAGGAAGCUCAUAGUCAUGCCAUAAAUCUUCUGAGCAACCUUCCCGUAUCCUGCUUGGAUGUCCUGAUCCACGUGCCUGUACAGGGAGGACUUGAGGAAUAUGAUGGAAAGAACAUGGAUGCUCUGCAGGUGCUUCUGGACUUCAUGGAGAAAAGAAUAGACAAGGGGUCAAAUUACAAAGAAGGCCUGACUCCAGUGCUGAGCCUGAUGACGGAAGGUUCCAGAUACCACAGGGAGAUUCGCAGAUACCUUAAAGCUAAGGUUUUACCGCCUCUAAAAGAUGUAAAAGAGAGACCAGAAGUGGGCAGCACAGUGCGCAACAAACUGGUGCGCCUCAUGACCCACAUAGACAUGGGGGUGAAACAGGGGGCCGCGGAGUUCCUUUUCGUCCUCUGCAAGGAAAGUGUGGACAACCUUUUGAAGUACACUGGCUAUGGCAAUGCUGCAGGGCUGCUGGUGGCUCGGGGACUGCUGGCAGGGGGCAGAGGAGACACUGAGUACUCUCCUGAUGAGGAUUCAGACACAGAGGAAUACAAAUCAGCAAAACCAUUCAUUAACCCGAUUACAGGCCACAUAGAGGAGCCAAUGCCGAACCCUAUUGAGGACAUGACAGAGGAACAGAAGGAAUAUGAAGCUCAGAAACUUGCAAACAUGAUUGGCGAGUUGUCAAGACAGCAACUGAUCAGGCCAAUGGGAGUGAGGAAGGAUGGCACACUAGCUCCCCUAGAGGAGGCGGUACACAUGUGCAACGUUCCAGACAGCAGCGACUCGGACACGGAUUAAGACACACGGACUCUAAUUCGCUCGUGCGCUGAACCACCACAGAGUCAGCGCUCCAUAUAAAAAGAAAUCAUAUAAAUCUUGUAAUUAGUUUGUGUUGUGUUCGUGUUGGAAACAAUACUUUUUGGGCCUGUUUGAUUUUUGAAACAUCACGCGUUAUACGUCAAUGCAAAUGAGUGACCAAGAGUGGAGUCAUUGUGUAGUGAACAUGUAAAUCAAACAGGCACAAACUGUUUUUGUCCAGCACAACCAGGAGCGUGAUGUGGUGAGCGCAACCAGAAAUUUACAACGGACGAUAGCUAUUUUAUCUCAGAAACCAUACUAACAAGAAUUUACAAGGUACAAAUGUAUACGUUUUAUUACAUUUAUUUUGCAAUGUUGGGCCGCGUUCACCGGGUUCCUCACUGAUGCUCAGGACAAGGCCAGUGCAAGAAUCUAACAGAACCCACACCAGUCUCAGACCGUAAACCAUCCCACUAUCCCCACUCAGAAGCAGAAAGAACAUGCUCUUACCUAAUGCCUUUGUUUUUCUGUGAGAUCAGUUUGGAAGUUUUCUUUACCUUGCUCCAUCGGUAAUCAUUCCUUACCUUAUUCGAGGUGCACUGAACUGUUAACAGGCAUUUACGCCUAACAGCGAUGGAGAAAAUGAAGGAUGUUAGACUGUUAAUAUUAUCUUGUAAGUGAAAUUAGGACAGCUAGCGUGGGCUGCUCCUGCCGCACGUCUCUUUAUAAAAGGUGGGUGAGCAGUAACCUACAUCAAUAAGCGUAUUGUAGUUCAAUAGAAAAGACUAAAGGUAAUCUUUGGAAAUCACUGAAUGUCUCAUUAGUGUCUUUAAAGACACAGGUGUAUACACACCAGGCUAGUCUAUAAUUCUAGCAUGAUUUCAUUACUUCAAUAUUACAUUUGGACAAUCUACUUUUUUUUGUAUAAGAUUAAGCCAUAAAAUUUAAUUUAUUAUUAUUUAAAAAGGAGAUUUAAAUACUCAUUUAAUAGAUUGGUAUUAUUAACUAAAGUGGAUUUGUUAAUAAUACUAAAGAGAAUGCUGGAAUCACACGGAAGUGGGGGAAACUUUUUUUUUUAUAUAUAUAAAAGAGAUGCACCGAUACAAAAUUUCUCGGCCGACACCAAUAGUUAUGCCUUCUUUUAAAUUAAUAAUAAUUAAUUCCACAGUUCUGAAGGAAAUGGAAAUAAAAACUUUAUUCUCUCCAUUUCAACAAGUUGUUUCACAGUAACUGGUCUCAUAAAGAGAAAACACAUUACUCACAUUGACACAUGAACUAAAUUCUGAGGUUAAAUUAAGAUUUCUUAACUUAUUGAUUAUUAAUUCAUAUUAAUAUUCUAAAUUCUGAAUUCUAAAAAAGCAGUGCAGAGCUUACAAACUGCAGUUUUGUUGGCAUUGUCACCCAAUUCAAAGUAAUUCCACACAAGAGACGUCUUUACAUAAAGCACGAAUUCAAUGUUUUCCCCGCCCUCUUUUGAUUUGACAGGAUAUAAUUGGCCCUGAUCGUGGGAUGUUUUUAAACUAUCGGCUGAUGGCCCAUAGCGUGAAAAAUUGCCUUUAUCGGCCAAUACCGAUUAUCAGCAGAUACAUCGGUGCAUCUCUUUUUUUUAUUAUUCAAAAUUCAAAGUGUUUAAAGAAGAAGAAGAAAAGAUUAGCUGUCACUAUGUAGAGUAUAACGUGUCUGUAACACUGCUGCACAAAUGAUCUGUAGUUCUGUUCGAUCAAAAGCCUUAUUUCUCUUGAAACCAGGAGCCUCUUUCCUUUGUGCUGAAAAACAUUUAUCUAAACAUCUAUGGCCUUACAGUGAAAUCUAAUGUUUGUUUUAAAGUCCCUUGUUUAGCUUCUGGAACAUCAAAUUUUCCUGGUAAACAUUUAUUUAAAAAAAAUAAAA